AUGGGCGGAAGUAGUCGUCACGAAAGAGACCGCGACUAUUCAGAAGGAAGUUCUUCUAGAAGAUCUCGCCAAGACGACUCUGGUAAUGUGUCGAGUGGUACGGCCAGUGAAGUGGGAAGAGAAUUUGCAAAUCGUUACGGGGGGCUAUUUUCUGAAAAAGAUUGGAAAUGUACAAUUUGUUCCAAUAUAAAUUGGGCUAGAAGAGCAGAAUGCAAUCAAUGUAAAACACCAAAACCAGGUUCAGAAACUACUAUGGGUUCAAGGGAAGGUCGUGGUGGAGGAUUUAUGGAGCGCGAUGAAGUAGUAGAAUACAAGAAAUCAAGAGAUGCAGAAAAAGACGAAGAAUGGGACGAAUUUGGUAGGAAAAGGAGAAAGAAUAGAGAUAGUGGAAUUUAUAAUAAUGGGAACGACAGUAAACGAGAAUCUUGGGCCGCAUGGAAUGAUAUUAUUGGUAAUGAAGACACAAAAGAGGAAAAAAAUGAAAAAAAAAACAAUCGAAAUAGGUCAAUUGAUGAUAGAGAACAGUCUAAAAAGCCAAGGUUAUAUAAUCAGCACCGUCGACGUUCUUCACGGUCACGAUCACCAUGCCGUCGCGAUCGUUCAUUGUCGAGUUCUUGGGACGUUUACGAUCAGCUUGCACAAAAAUAUUUGGAAUUAUUAGCAAUCGAGCAGGUCACCUGCGCCUUGUGGGACCAAUGUUGGGGUCAACAAGCAGCUUUGUUUGUAGCUCAACGAACAGCUUUGAAUGAUAACAACCAAACAGCAAUGAGUCAGGAACCUGAAAAUACUUCUGAUUUUAAUUCUAAUCAAGUUAAUGAUGCUGAUUCUUACAGAGACAACCAACCUAGUUUACCUCACACAGACUCUCAAAUAUCCCAAGCAUCGACCAUUACCGGUAUGGAUCAGUACAGCGGGAUUGAAGACGAUGAUGAGAUUCAUAAGGACAUUAAUAGCGACAUUGAUAAUAAGUUAGAUGAUAAGUUAGAUGAGUUAGUUGACCUUCGAUCAUUCAUUAAUGGAAGUCAACCGUUUUACAGUAGCAAUGGAUUAUUUAAUCACGAUAACCAUGAAUCUGCGGAGGAUAUUGAAAUGAUGAAUAAUGGUUCAUCACGAUAUGAAUCUGAUAGUGAAAGUGGUCCACAAUCAAGUAAGCGAAUUAAAAGAAAAAAGCUGGACGAAAUCUUAAGGCGUGAAGACGGAGAGGCUGAUAUGGAUGAUGAAACAAUGACAGAUGCUGAUCAAGAACUAGAACAAGAGACUGUCUUUCCUCCAAUACAAGAGGGUUUGUGUGUUGAAUGCCGAGAUCAGGAAGCUUCAUUCUUCUGUGAACAGUGUAAUGAAGACUUUUGUGAAGUAUGUUUUGCCAUGAUUCAUCGCACAGGAAGUCGGCGGAAUCAUACCAAAAAAAAUCUGAAAAAUGAACAAAGCAGUGAUACACUAGGAAAUAGCUCACAAGGUGUUGAACCUGUUUCGAAGCAAACUUCUAACGGUUAUACGAGUUUUGAAGAAACGUCUUUUGACGAUCCGGAUGUUGAAUCCAAAAUGACUUCAUUUGGCUCAUCAAGAGACGAUAUGGCAUCCGGAAAACGCUUAGUGGAACGUUCUAAAUAUAUUCCCAUUCGACUGAAUAUAGAAGAACGAAAGCUUCUUAGAUUAUUAGAAGCUGCCCUUAAUGUUUCCGAAUAUACGGACAAAAUUGAUAUUCUAUCACCUUACAACAAAAAAAACCGUAUCAUUCUACAGAUCAAAGAACUAUGUAGCAUUUUAUCUGGCUUAGUCGUUGCAAGCGACUAUAAAAAAGGCCAAGAAAUGUUUGCGAAUAAGUCAUAUGAAGAAAACGAAGAAUUCUAUCAAAAUAUUUUUGAGAUAGGGCGACGACACAAAAUAAUGAACCCUGAAAAAAUGAGAGAUGCUUAUGGAAAAUUAAUGUACAUGUUAAUGGAUUCGAUGAUACCUGAAGUUCAAUCGAUGCUCUCUUUUAAUUUGGUCAAACCUAUAAAAACUGUUUACAGUUUUCUUGAGGAGCGAGGUGGUAUUGAUUUGCUUUACGAUGAAAGAGUUGCUAUCGCUACCAGAGAAAUUAAGCCAGAGGGAAAGUCGAGAUAUCAAAUAAAUUCUGAAAUCAGACAAAAAGAAAGGGCUGUUGAAACAAUAAGCCGUAAAUAUGAAACUUUUAAACUAUCAUCCGACGACAUAAAAAUGUGUUUAUAUAGCAUUGGUGAUAACAACUCAUAUUUGAGGGCAAAUCGUGAUUGCUGUGAUCGUAUGCUCAAAAAUUUGAUAAAUUAUUUUAAUCCAAGAAGGGUCGAAGAUGGUUACUCAUUGGCCAUUCGUUCCGGAAGCAAUGGCGCACGUCUCACUCACAAUCAUGAGAUGCAAUAUUGUUAUGCUAAUCAAACAUUGUCCCUCUGGAGUGAGAUUCAGAAUGAAAUGUUUAUGCUUUGGUUUUUAGCCGACCAUGAUAUGCUAUCAGAUUCUAAUAUCUAUAGAUUACGAGACACCGGUCAAGGCUUGAAUAGAGUUCAAAAUUGUCCAGCUGUUUCAAAAGCAAUGCACACGAUUCUACAUCGUGCUCAACAAAAGGCAGGUCAUUGGGUUGGAAGUUCGGUUAUUCAUCUAGGUGACAAGAACGUACCAAAUGCACUCAUGUUCAUCGAUAAGUAUAAUCAAGUAUCACGUAUAUUAAAUCCAAUAUUGAUAUGUCUCGAUAAUAUCGAGCCUUUGGUUGGAAAAAAUCCCGGUAUCCGAACCUAUAUUUCGAAUUCUUUUGGAGGUGUCGAGGAACUCACUAAAAAGAUCCUCGCCGACUUUUUCCGAUAUGCUUUUGAUGGCAGUGGGGCUGACAAUUUCUUUGACGCUGGAAGUUGCAUUGAUGGACGCUUAACAAGUGCCUGGAACUGGUGCUCAUUAAUCGAAAAGAAAUCAUAUUUCCCUGUGUUUUUAUUGACGGGAUUUGUCGGUUUUGAUGGGGAAG